UUUCUUGGACUGUGCAGGAUCUGUGUAGGAACCUAAAACAUUUGGUUUUCGAAGACUUGGAACUGUGUCCUUUUUAUUAUGAUUGCGGCCAAAAAAAUUCUCAUCUUCAACGCUGUCCAGCUCCUCAAAUGUUUUCUGACAUAAACAUGAGGUGUCAAGAACCAACCACUGUUAACUGUGGCUCUAGGGCUAUACCAGACGGAUAUAUGUGCGACUUUGAAACGACUGCUGAGCCCGAUUGCUUUCUGGAGAAUUCAAAAUCUGACAUAUUUGAUUGGACAAGGAAAACGGGGUCUACAGGUUCUAGUAAUACAGGACCAAGUUCAGCCUAUCAUGGAAGGUUUUAUACCUAUAUUGAAACCUCCAGUCCGCGAAAGCUAGGGGAUAAUGCAAUCCUGGAGAGCAAAGCAACGUUUCAAGAGAGAUUGUACUGCCUUUACUUGUUUUAUCAUAUGCAUGGAUCUCAUGUUGGAAAUCUUACAAUCAAAACUAAAGAAAUAUUUAAUAAUCCUGUUGUCUUAAAACAAUUAUCUGGUGAGCAAGGAAAUAAGUGGAAAAAGAUGAGCAGUCUUAAUGUCCGUUUGAAUGGAUAUACCAAGAUUUUGAUUGAAGCUACGAGGGGGAGUAGCUAUGAGGGAGAUAUUUCUAUUGACCUGGUUAUGCUUUUGCCUCGGAAGGUUAGUGGUCAAAGAGCAAACAAUUUCAGCAGUUUAAUUACCAGUAUUUUUCAAAACAAUGUUAAAUAGAUGAUUUUAAAUGAAAUUUAUAAGGGAGAAUUCGGAUUGAUUCUGUCGAUGGUGAUAUUUUUAUGCAUUAUAAUCUACGAUCAUAGGGAAGUUUUUUUUAUUUAUAACACUUCACCUGUACCAGUUAAUUGUCGAGUUGUUGAUGAAGAAUUUAAAGCAAUGAAGAUUGUGUGGCUAAAGCGGCUAAUAAGCAAGAAUACUAUGAUAAAAAAAAAUAAUAAAUCAUGUUUAAGCAAAUAAUAUUUUGACUUUAAAUAUCUUCUAAAGACUUGCAGCACAAAUAUUUAAGACCUUAAAAAACUAAUAAUUUUUUUUUGUGAAGUCAUAUGUAACUGUAAUGAAUGUACACAAAAAGAAAGGGCGUUAUAGUAAAUUUGAUCACGUACCGACUUUAUGUAAUACCCCAUUGAAACUCUAAAAGAUGAUAUUUUAUUUCUUAUAUAUAUAUAUAUAUAUAUAUCUUACGCUUUUAUUCAUGUUAUAAAGUAAUAUACGCAUUAUUUAGAUUAUAAUUUAAUUUUAGUUGUAACGCGUCAUUCGAUUGGUUAAACGGUUUUAUCCAUUUCGUAUAACAUAACUUGCCUACGUCACAAUGAGUUAUGUCAAAAACGUAUACAAAUAACUUGGUAAACAAUGAUUGCAACUGCCACGGCAAGCUAUGUAUCUGAGCAAAAAAUUUGUAAGAAUAACUUAUUUCGUGGACCCUGGGGUCCACGCAGAAAAUAUUUAUAUAUUAAGCGAGAUUAAACCGGACACCAUGGGCAAAAAGGGAGAUCAGUGAAGUAAAUGUGAACAAACCUACAUGAAUGUUCAUAACACCUAGAUAUUUUCUUAAAUUCAAUUUUGGUGAGAAACACGUGCAUAUGGUUCAUGUAUUGCAAUCCUUUUUUAAAGGACGGCAACUUGUAUUUAAUUUUAAACAUUUGGGCGUCUUACACAGAGCUAAACUCGAAAACGAAAGGACUGCGGUUACAAUGGUAAUCUGAAUAUUUUUUUUUUAUCUUCAACGACGGAUGUUAAUUGGUAAAUGAAAAUGCUGUCGUCAUGCAGCCUUCAAUGUCUUAUAUAUUCAAAUCCGGACUAUAUAAUAAAACAAUUAAGGACUUUUUUGGUGUUUAAUAUGGUUUUAUAUUAUAUAAGAAGAUUAUUUUCGUAAUUUUCAUUGGCUGAAAGGACGUUACGUGAUAUUCCUCCUUUUGUGAUAACGACGCGAAAGCGCGUCGGCGGAAAAUGAUAACGAACGACACAGCGUUCGGUUGCACUGAAGUUACGUAAAACGUGACGUCAUACAUGUAGUAAGAGAAGCGUGUUUUUAACCAUUGUGACGUAAUGACAGCCAAGUCUGUUUAUUUAGGACUGUGUUAGUGCAUUCACUUUGAGUGAUUGUAUGAUAUAACUAUUAUGAACUUCAGUGAACAGUCAAUAUGUGGUAAUAAUUAAGGACUCAUGGCAAUUGAUAUUGACCUCAGACACAGAAAAUGAUAGUGACCUCGCAGGCUCGGUCGCUAUCACUUUCUGUGUCUUCGGUCAAUAUCAAUUGCCAUGAGUCCUUAUAACCACAUAUCGACCUACACUGAAGUCCAUAAUUGUAUAAUAUUAUAUAAGUGGAUUAUUUUCGUAGUUUUCAUUGGCUGAAAGGACGUCACGUGACAUUCCUCCUUCUGCGAUAGCGACGCGAAAGCGCGUCUGCGGAAAAUGAUAUCGCACGACACGCCGUUCGGUUGCACUGAAGUUACGUAGAACGUGACGUCAUAAUAUAAAAAGCGUGAAUUUAACCAUUGAGACGUAAUGACAGCCAAGUCUGUUGUGUUAGGACUGUGUCAGUGCAUUCAAUUUGAGUGAUAUAUAAUAUAACUAUUAUGGACUUCAGUGAACGGUCAAUAUGUGGUUAUAAGGACUCGUGGCAACUGAUAUUGACCUCAGACACAGAAAAUGAUAGCGACCUCGCAGGCCAGGUCGCUAUCACUUUCUGUGUCUUCGGUCAAUAUCAAAUGUCUUGGGUCCUUAUAACCACAUAUCGACCUACACUGAAGUCCAUAAUUGUAUAUUAUUCAUCAGUAAGAAUAAUAUCAAUAUUGAUAUUUUAGUGUUGAAAAACAAAAUGAUAUUAUACAAAAAGAUUAUCUUCGUACAUUUCAUUAGCUAAAAGUACAUCACGUGAUAUUCCUCUUUUUGUGUUAUCGAUGCGAAAGCGCGUCCGCGGAAAAUAAUAUCGCACGACACGCCGUUCGGUUGCACUAAAGUUACGUAGUAUGUGACGUCAUAAUAUAAAAAGCGUGAAUUUAAUCAUUGUGACGUAAUGACAGUCGAGUCUGUUCCGUUAGGAUUGUGUCAGUGCAUUCAAUUUGAGUGAUUAUAUAAUAUAACUAUUAUGGACUUCAGUGAACUGUCAAUAUUAUUUAUUUUGGUAAAUAAUGCUCCAUAAAAGACUUCAACAUAUUGUUUUUCAACAAUAUGCAAUAUUUAAACUUUUGUUAAACGUUCUCAUUAAGCACUUGAGGAUCCGGUUCCUCUUUUUUAAAUAUCAAUUGUUUAACAAUUGUUUGUUGGACAAACUGUAUUAAAAAUCAUGAGAACGUAAAGUUUUGUCAAAAGCAAGGAACUGACCCCUCAAAACAUGGGCCAAGAAUAUCUUAUUUAUCUUUAUCUCUUAAAUGAUAUUUAUAUUUUUUACACAAUACUGGGGUAAAAAUUGUUCGUCUUAACAAUUUUGAAUGUUGUUAUUUUUGUACGAAAAUCUCAAUUUAAUUCUUAUCACAUCCUAUCAAUAAUCUGACGGAAGACCCACUCGUUGCUCACAACGAGAUCAUAUCUAGUUCUGUUGCUUUUACAUCUUAUACUCGUGUCAGUAAGUAAGCUUACCAACAUUAAAUGCAUAUUCUUAGAAAAUAUUGGUAAAAAAUAUUGAUACAAUAUCAUGCACGUGGACAUAAUUUUUUUGCAAUUUACAUAUUUUUCUUGUAUGUUACAUAAUUAUCUCGCAUCUAGGUAUAGUAGAAAUACACCAAAAUGAAACUUUUUUUUGAAAAAGAACAAUGUCGGAAAUUUAAUUGCAGAGAAAUUGGCUCUGCAUUUUGUUUCUGAUCAGUAUCGUAUUAUUUCAUUACAUCAGCCGUAUCUAUUAUCUGCGGAGGUGAUUACAAAAACAAAAGGCGCUAUUGUCCAGACACUUCUGCUAACAUAAACAAUAUACUUUCCUAGCGGCUAAGCAAGUGAGUAUUGAUGCACUCAAAACACGAAAUAAGAGAUAAACAUUGAUUGUGAAGAUGCUGCAGACGAAUGAUUCCAUGGCAACGACCCUGGGAGUUUUAGCUUAUUAUAGAGAAUUAGCAUCAAAAACUGUUACAGCCGUGCUGUUUAAAAUUGUUUUACAUUAUUAAACACUGUAUCGAAUCAGAGAGGUUUUGGAGCGUUCGGGGUAAUAUAGAUAUGCAGAGGUUGAAA